AUGGAUGACAUCACUGCUUUACUGGAAGAUUCUGGCGAACAGACAAUGGAGCAGGCCAUGGCCAAGGCUGAAGAAAUAGUUAAUGAAUUAGAUAAUGUUACGCUCAACAUUGCUGUGACUGGGGAGACAGGUGCAGGAAAGUCACUGUUUGUGAAUGCCAUCAGAGGUGUUAAGAUAGGGGACGAAGGAUAUGCUAAGACUGGGGUGAGAGAAACUACGAUGGAGCCCACAGAGUACCCCCACCCAACAAUGCCCAAUGUAAAGAUUUUUGAUUUGCCAGGUAUCGGGUCCACAAAUUUCAAAGCAAACGCCUACAUGAAGAAGGUAGCAUUUAAAAAUUAUGAUUUCUUCAUCAUAGUGAGUGCAAGCAGAUUCAAGGAGAAUGACGUCUUACUUGCAAAAAAUAUCAAAAAGCAGAAAAAAAGCUUCUACUUCGUACGCUCUAAGGUAGACAUGGAUGUGGCAAAUCAGAUAGCGAGUGGGGAGGGGACAGAGGAAGAGACCCUCCGCUGUAUACGGGAUGACUGUUUGGCCAAUCUCAAAAGCCUAGAAACCAACAGCCCCGUUUUCCUCAUCACAUCUCAUGAUUUAAGCAAAUACGACUUCCAGAAAUUGAUCGAGACUCUAAAAGCAGACCUUGGCCAAGAAAAGAUGGAUGCACUCAUGCUCAGUUUGCCUGUGUACUCGAUGCAGUCCCUUGAUGAGAAGUACAGCGCAUUCAAGAAAAGCGUCUGGGCACUGGCUGUUGUGUCUGGGGGCAUAGGUGCAGCCCCCGUUCCAGGUCUCUCAUUUGCACUUGACACUGCCAUGGUGCUGUCCUUUCUCACCGGGGUCUACCACUCAUCCGGCCUGGAUGACGAAGCCCUGGAAAGGAUGUCAGAGCAAGUGGAAAAGAAAAUACUGGAAGAGGUGAAAAAGUCAGAACUGAUCCAGGGAAUUGGCAAGUCCAUGCUGACAUCCAGCAUGCUGAGAAAACUAGCGGUCGCAGGAGGCAUUGAGGCUGUGUCCUGCAUGACACCGAUUGCUGGCAACAUUGUGGCAGCUGGAGUGUCCUUUGUGACCACAAGGGCUGUGCUCCAACAAGGGCUGGAUGAGCUUUAUCAGGUUGCCAAAAAGGUGCUUGAAAUGGCAAAUCUGCAGUAG